AUGUUCCUCUCAUCUGUUUUUUCUUCUGUUCGCUGUAGGAUUCGUCCUCAGCUGGCCAGGGAGAAGAUAGAGGGAUGUCACAUCUGCACAUAUGUGAUGCCCGGGGAGCCUCAGGUGAUCCUGGGGAAAGACAAGGCCUUCACCUACGACUACAUGUUCGACAUGGACUCCCAGCAGGACUCCAUUUACACCUCCUCCAUCGAGAAGCUGAUCGAGGGCUGCUUGGAGGGCUACAACGCCACCGUCUUUGCAUACGGACAGACGGGUUCAGGGAAGACCUACACCAUGGGGACGGGCUUUGACGUCAACAUUGCCGAUGAGGAGCUAGGUAUCAUCCCCCGUGCCGUUCACCACCUCUAUAAGGGCAUCGAGGAGCGCCGACAGGCCGCCCAGGAACAGGGACGCCCUGUACCUGAGUUUAAGAUAAAUGCCCAAUUCCUUGAGCUUUAUAAUGAGGAAGUUCUGGACCUGUUUGACUCCACACGAGACAUGAAGCAGAAAUCUCACAUCAAGAUCCAUGAAGACGCCAAUGGGGGAAUCUACACAGUAGGAGUGACCACACGGACUGUGUCCUCCGAGGCUGAGAUGAUGCAGUGCCUGAAGCUGGGGGCUCUGUCUCGCACCACAGCCAGCACUCAGAUGAACGUCCAGAGCUCUCGCUCCCACGCCAUCUUCACCAUCCACCUGUGCCAAGUUCGCGUCUGUGCCUCUGACAAUCAAGAAACUGAGACUGAUAACAGAGUCUCCAACGGAAACUCUGAGAUGGAUGAGUACGAGACUCUGACAGCCAAGUUUCACUUUGUUGACCUGGCCGGUUCUGAGAGGCUGAAGAGAACUGGAGCGACUGGCGAUCGAGCCAAAGAGGGCAUCUCCAUCAACUGUGGACUGCUCGCUCUGGGGAAUGUAAUCAGUGCUUUGGGUGACCGAGGCAAACGUGCCUCACAUGUGCCUUACAGAGACUCCAAACUCACCCGACUGCUACAGGACUCAUUAGGAGGAAACAGCCAAACAGUGAUGAUUGCGUGCAUUAGCCCAUCUGACCGUGACUUCAUGGAGACACUGAACACAUUGAAGUAUGCCAACCGAGCCCGGAACAUCAAGAACAAGGUGAUGGUGAACCAGGACAAGGCCAGCCAGCAGAUCAGCGCUCUGAGGACGGAGAUAGCUCGACUGCAAAUGGAGUUAAUGGAGUACAAGACAGGUAAACGCAUGGCAGGUGAAGACGGUGUGGAGAGCUUCAGCGACAUGUUCCACGAGAACUCCAUGCUGCAGACAGAGAACAGCAACCUAAGGGUGAGAGUGAAGGCCAUGCAAGAGACCAUCGAUGCCCAGAGGGCGCGGCUCACCCAGCUGCUCAGUGACCAGGCCAACCAGGCCCUCACCAGGGCAGGUGAAGGUGGAACUGAAGAAAUUGGAAACAUGAUUCAGAGUUACAUCAAAGAGAUUGAAGACCUCAGAGCCAAACUCCUGGAGAGCGAGGCUGUAAAUGAGCACUUGAGGAAGAAUCUGUCUCGCGCCUCCAAUCGUCAGUCGUUCUAUGGAGGGCCCGGCUCCUUCUCCUCCACGACGCUGGCCCCUGAGAAGGAGACUUCUGACAUCAUUGAACUCGCCAAAAAAGACCUGGAGAAACUGAAGAAACGAGAAAAAAAGAAAAAGAAAAGUGCCAACAAAGAAGAAGUUCCUGACAAUGAGCAAGAAAAGGGCACAGAGAAGGAAAUGACAGAGCGAGUCAACGAGGACGCAGAAAUGGAUGUCCAGGAAGGCAGUGAUCAUGAGGAAGGAGAAGAGGAGGAGGAGGAGGAUGAAGAGGAGAUGGAUGUGGAGGAGAGCUCAGAUGAUUCUGACUCAGAGUCUGAUGAAAAAGAGAACUUUCAGGCCGAUCUAGCCAACAUCACCUGUGAGAUCGCCAUCAAGCAGAAGCUGAUUGACGAGCUGGAGAACAGCCAGCGGCGUCUGCACACACUCAAACAGCAGUACGAGCAGAAGCUGAUGAUGCUGCAGUGCAAAAUCAAGGACACCCAGCUGGAGAGGGACCGUGUCCUCCAAAAUAUGACUUCAGUAGAAAGCGGCACAGAGGACAAGGCUCGUAAAAUCAAGGCUGAAUAUGAGAAGAAGCUGAGCGUCAUGAACAAGGAGCUGCAGAAGCUCCACUCAGCUCAGAAGGAGCAUGCCCGCCUGCUGAAGAACCAAUCACAGUACGAGAAACAACUGAAGAAGCUUCAGAUGGAUGUGGCGGAAAUGAAGAAGACAAAGGUCCGUCUCAUGAAGCAGAUGAAGGAGCAGCAGGAGAAAAACAGGAUGAACGAGUCUCGCAGGAACAGAGAAAUUGCUUCCUUAAAGAAAGACCAGCGCAAGCAAGAGCACCAGCUGAAGUUACUGGAGGCUCAGAAAAGGCAACAGGAGCUUAUUCUGAGAAGAAAGACAGAGGAGGUGACGGCUCUGAGGAGGCAAGCCAGGCCAACCUCAGGUAAGGUCAUCAGGAAGGUCAAUCUCCCAGAACCAGUCCAGGACUCUCCCCACAGACCUCCAUCUGGACGCAUGUACUCGUCCGGCAACGCUGCUCCCAAUGGCACUCGGUUUUCCUACAGGCGUACAGUUGGCGUUUACUCCACCAGAGUCGCACGGAAUAAAUGGCAGUCUCUGGAGCGCCGGAUCUCUGAUGUCAUCAUGCAGAGGAUGACCAUCUCCAACAUGGAGGCCGACAUGAACCGCCUCCUUAAGCAACGAGAGGAGCUGACCAAGCGUAAAGAGAAGGUCAUCAGGAAGAGGGACCGGUUGGUCAGGGAGGGGCCAGAGGCAGAGAAGGCAAUGCUUCCUCUUAAUGAAGAAGUGGAUGCAUUGACAGCCAACAUUGACUACAUCAAUGACAGCAUCGCAGACUGUCAGGCCAACAUCAUGCAGAUGGAGGAAACCAAGGAGGAAGGCGACACAGUGGACGUCUCUGCUGUUGUUGGUUCAUGCACCCUGACAGAAGCUCGCUUUCUGUUGGAUCACUUCAUGUCAAUGGCUAUCAACAAGGGUCUCCAGGCAGCCCAGAGGGAGUCUCAAGUGAAGGUGAUGGAGGGCAGGCUGAAGCAGACAGAAAUCACCAGCGCCACACAGAACCAGCUGCUCUUUCACAUGCUGAAGGAGAAGGCCGAGUUCAACCCGGAGCUUGAUGCGCUGCUGGGGAACGCACUGCAAGAGCUAGGUAACAUCCCUGCUGAAAAUGGGGACGACAGCAGCAGUGAUGAGUCUGCCCAGAGCCCUUCUGCAGAGGGAAACACCUUGGCAUCAGAUCUCAUAAAACUCUGUGGAGAAACCAAAACCAGAAAUAAGGCUCGUAGGAGGACCACCACUCAGAUGGAGCUGCUAUAUGCAAACAGUGACUCCGCCCCUGAUGCACCCACUGCAGACUUCUCCAGUCCGAUGCUGCCGUUGGCUGAAACACCGGAAGGGGGAGGAGACAUGGACUCGUCAGGCUCAUCAGUCAGGGACUACACAGCUCUCUCCCCUGGCUUUUCCUCUAAAAUGGGCAGCAUUUCUGGCUCCAGAACUUCGUCAGGGGUGGAAAAGCGAGCUCCGGAGCCUUCCCCGCUCUCUCGCAGGAAGACCUAUGACAAGGCACAAGCAGCGACCGACAGGGCAAAGGUCAAGGAGAUUAAACACACUGUCAUCAGGAGCCUGAAAAGCAGCACACCACUUCCUCUCUCCCCUACCGCUCGUCCCAGUAACCACAUCGAUGUGUUUAGCCGCAUGACAGGGUAUCUGGGGCGUACUGCAAACAUCCUGCAGGAUGAGAUGGAUAGAUGCCUCCACCUGUCCUCCACCCGCUUCCUUCGCUCUGUUUCCCCUUCUCUCUCCGAUCCAGCCAAGGGCAUCAUUAACCCGGUGCCAGCCACAAAGAGCAGUCGGUCAUCCACGUUACAGUGCGUCCACGUGGCAGAGGGACACAGUAAAGCUGUUCUCUGUGUCGACUCCACUGAUGACCUUCUCUUCACUGGAUCCAAAGACCGGACCUGUAAGGUGUGGAAUCUAGUGACGGGUCAGGAGAUAAUGUCCCUGGCCGGUCACCCCAACAACGUGGUGUCAGUCCGCUACAGCUCCAGUUUGGUCUUCACCGUCUCCACCUCCUACAUCAAAGUCUGGGACAUCCGGGACUCAGCCAAGUGCAUCCGAAUACUAACGUCCUCUGGUCAGGUUAAUGUCGGGGAUGUCUGUGCGUCUAACACCAGUCGGACUGUCACCAUCCCAGCCGGGGAGAACCAGAUCAAUCAGAUCGCUCUCAACCCCAACGGGACGGUUCUAUACGCCGCUGCUGGAAACUCAGUCAGAGUCUGGGAUCUGCGAAGAUUUGCAUCCACAGGGAAACUUACUGGUCACCUCGGUCCAGUGAUGUGUCUGACUGUGGAUCGGUCUGGAAACAACCAAGACCUGGUGAUCACCGGGUCCAAGGACCACUACAUCAAGCUGUUUGAUGUGACCGAAGGCUCUCUGGGUAGCAUCAGCCCAACGCACAACUUUGAACCUCCACAUUACGACGGUAUCGAGUCACUGGUGGUCCAGGGAGACAUUUUGUUCAGCGGCUCUCGAGACAACGGCAUCAAGAAGUGGGACCUGGACCGCAAAGACUUGCUGCAGCAAGUCCCGAACGCCCACCGUGACUGGGUUUGUGCACUGGGUGUUGUCCCGGGGUCCCCGGCCCUGCUGAGCGGCUGCAGAGGUGGGGUGCUCAAGCUGUGGCACACGGACACACUGGGGACUCUGGGGGAGCUGAAGGGUCAUGAGAGCCCCAUCAACAGCAUCUCUACCAACAGCAGCCACCUGUUCACCGCCUCCGAUGAUCGGACUGUGAAGAUCUGGCGUGCACGUGGUGGACUAGACAGCACCCUAGAGGCGGUUGACAAUGCGGAUGAAGUGGCCAGUAACUAAAUCCUCGACUGCUGGGUUUGACUUUGGAAGGACGCUAACAGCAUCUUUUGAUGCUGCUGCCCUGCACUUUGACCCCUAACUUCUCAAGCCCAAUGCUGACUCCUAAAACACAUACCUUCUAUGCCAUGUAACCUUUAUGACUGAGCCAACAGGAUUUAAUCUCAUCUCAACAGAAAGUAAUUCACACUCAUUCUUUUCUUAGACUCUGUAUGCUCAGAGAGUCAUGCUAAUCAGUUGUAGUUUACCGCAUUGUUAAUGACUCUUUGCAGCAUAAACCUUUUCUCUUUUGCGCUGUAAACGAUACGUCACUGUUGACCAUGAUAGGAACUUGUACUAACAAGACUUUAGUUCAAGAGUUGAACACAACAAACACACUCAUAGAAAUUGCUGCUCAGCUGUGUUCAGUGCUGUGUCAGGAUAAAGUACACCUGCAGGCACUCAAUUACACACAAAUAGGGUAGCAGUGUGUUUUGUUAGAUCAGAGAUAAAUAGACAGAACGUUGAGUGUCAGAGGAGAAAAAGGCGGCAGAGCUAACGGGUUGUUAGCUGGUCUUCACAACCCAGUGCUCUGCUCUCUUGGGAUUGUUGAGAUUGUUCCUCUGCACUCGAAGCAGAACCAGUGUCCCCGCGCUCCCUCCCCCCAAAAUAACAAAAGUGGCUUUACUGUUUGUGAAAAAGACAAAUCACCGCUCCCCUUAACUUCCCCUUCUUGCUUUUGUGCUCCUCCCUCCUCAAUUUCUGCAGCUGUUUAAGAUCAGCGACCAAAAUUGUGCAAACUUGUCGUCUUUGCUGUCCUGCACUGCACUCGUGAAAAUAACAGUAACAGUUCCACUGAAAGCAAAAGUUCAACAUUUAGGAAAAUAUGUUUAUUUGCUUUCUUGCUGUGAUUUUGAUGAUAUAUUUGUUGAAUAUGAGACUACAGCUAGCAUUUAGUUAGCUUAGCUUAGCAUAAAGACUGGAAGCAGAGCCUCCAUAGCCUUACUAGUUAACAAGUUAUAUGUUUAAAAUAUAAUAAAAAAGGGUUAAAUUGGUUCAAACUUGUUGUUUUACAGGGGAUUAUGUGAGGGACUAUUUUUUCGGGGUCUUUCAGUCCCAGUUUUAUUCUUACACAUUUUUAUAUGAAUUAGAAAAAGUAGCACAGAGUUGAUUAGCUGCUGCUUGGCAGAUUUUGUUACCUCUCUUUUUUUACCUUUUGCUAAGCUAAGCUAAACGGCUGCUUGCUGUAGCUGGUAUCGAUCUUCUCAUGUAACUUUUUGGCAGAAAGCAAAUUAGCGUAUUUUCAGAAAUGUUAAACUAUUCCUUUAACUCUUGAGCACUUGUGAAAACCGACACAAUGGGUCUUUGAUACACUUAAUCCUUCUUAAAUGUGAGCAGGUUCAGCGUUUGUAUUCUACACUUGUCCAUGUUUCAUCUCAUGUAAAAACCUAUGUUCACUCUUUACGUCGCAGUUAGCACUCACUAAACCUACACUACUGAGUUGUCGUCGAACUCCCAUGCUGCUAAGUUGUGUGAUCACCUUCAACCCCUAUAAGAGGGCUUCUUGUUAUGGACUCUGGGUGAGGUCCGCUCAGUACAGACAAUGUGUAUGUAUAUAUGUGUACUAGUAUCUUUUUGUUUUUGGAGAGGAGAGGCCUUCAGACUCUGCCCGUGUUGUGAGCCUAAUCACGUCGACUGACGUCUGUCUCCCUGUUCUGAUGCUUGCGGGGCCUUCCUGGAGACUCUCGUGGUCUCCCCUCGUGGUCUCCCUGAUGUAACCGAUCUGUCUGUUUGUGUGCUGUCACUUUUGAAUGUUGGGUGAAACAGCAGUUGUAGGCAUUAUUCGAUCACAUAUCCAAUGUAUGUAAACAAUGUAUUUUAAAAAAAAUCGGACUGAAUGUUAGUUUUGUGGGACCACCGAUCUGAACGUAGUCUCACACGAGAGCCGAGAGGACCAGGAUUGGCAGAAGAUUCACGAGCAGUAUUAAAGCUUUUGACAGAGCUUUUCCUCCAAGGAGGUUGCAGGUUAUGUGUAGUGGCCUAUGGUUAGUUUUUUUUCUUUGUUUUGUUUGUCUUUGUUAUGCUGUCCCUGUUCCACAUAUCCUGGGCGUUCCCCCUCUGGAGUUUUAGUAGCCAUUCUCAAAUGGCGGACUCUGUAGCGAUUCUAAUGUCAGAUGCCUGGUGGGAAUAAAUGCCAUCUGUCAAAAACAA